AUGAUGGAUCGCUUUAAUGAGCAGGUCACGGUCUGGUUUGAUGAUGACGGUAAAGAAGGUGCAAUUGCUGCGUCGGUAAUACCGGCCGGAACGAUAACUCGACGAGCUGUUCAUAAACUUUGGUUGACGGCAAUUAAUCCCAAGGUAAACCGGAAUAUUUCCUAUAGUCAUCUAAUGAAACUUAAUAUUUACUAUUAG